UGCGCGCAGAACACAGUCACGCGCCUCAAGAGGCGAACACAAUACUGUUGCAAUAAUGGCGAGGUUAAGCGAGCAUGGGAUUCGCCUGAGUUCCAUGAGUCCUUCCUUCCUGAACAGCAACUCUACAAGUCACACCUGGCCCUUCAGCGCAGUUGCAGAGUUAAUUGACAAUGCAUCAGAUCCUGGCGUAUCCGCCAAACAGAUCUGGAUAGAUGUAGUUGAUGUGGCCGAUCACCUGUGUCUAACCUUUACUGAUAAUGGCAGCGGCAUGACCCCCAACAAGCUGCACAAGAUGCUCAGCUUUGGUUUUACAGAAAAGGGUUCAGGUAAGGCCAGUCAGCACGCCAUCGGCGUGUACGGGAACGGUUUCAAGUCUGGCUCCAUGCGUCUGGGCCGCGACGCGCUCAUCUUCACCAAGAACGGCGGCUGCCAGACUGUGGGAAUGCUGUCUCAGACCUACCUGGAAAACAUCAAGGCCCAGGCCGUCAUCGUCCCCAUUGUCCCCUUCAACCAACAAACCAAGUCUCUGGUGGUGACUGAGGACUCGGAGGCCAGCCUGGCAGCCAUCUUCCAACACUCCAUCAUCACCACCCAGGAGCAGAUACAUGCACACUUUGACUCCAUUCUCUCCAAAAAAGGCACCAAGAUAUUAAUCUGGAACAUCCGCAGGGCCAAAGAUGGCAAGCCACAGAUCGACUUUGAGAACGACGUGAGUGACUUCCGUUUGCCCGAGAUUCAGAUCUCGGAACUGAAGAAGGGCGGGAAGACUGGUGAAACCCUGAGAGCCGAACAUAACAUCCCUGACAUGCACUACAGUCUCAGGGCCUACCUCAGUAUCUUGUAUCUGAAGCCGAGGACACAGAUUAUACUGAGGGGGAAGAAGAUUCUGGCUAAACUGGUGUCGAAGAGGCUGACACACAUCGAGCAUGACGUGUACAAACCCCAAUUCAGUAAAGACAAGGUGAAGGUGACCUUUGGGCAGAACCCGAAAAACAAGGAGCACUUUGGCAUCAUGAUGUACCACAGGAACCGACUCAUCAAAGCCUACGAGAAAGUGGGCUGCCAGCUGAAGGUUUCAGGUCAAAGGGCAGGAAUUGGGGUCAUUGGUAUCAUCGAGUGUAACUUUCUCAAACCUGCUCACAACAAGCAGGACUUUGAAUACACCAAAGAAUACAGACUCACCCUUGGUGCUUUGGGCCUAAAACUGAACGACUACUGGAAAGAGAUGACAGAGAAGAAAGCCAGAGAGCGAGAGUUUCAGGCUGUAGAAAGACAUGAAAAUGAAGACCAGAAUGAUGCUGACGAGGGUCCCGUGUGGUUACAGUGUGAAGAGUGUCUGAAGUGGCGAAGCGUCCCUCCAGGACAUUACAAUGUGGUUCCUGAAAGCUGGAACUGCAGCCAGAACCCCAAUCCACGUUACAGAAGCUGCUCUUCACCAGAGGAAGCAGAAGACAGCGAGGAACUGUUAACACCCAGCUACCAAAAAAAACACAACAAACAAGAGCAUCCCAAAAGAAGAAAACGAGAAAAAUCAUUGGAGGUGUAUAAGUACCAGGAACGAGAGGCUCAACAUCAUAUCCUCUCACGCAGUUCAUCAGAGCCGAUCCAGUCCACACACACACCUGAUCGCAUGAGAACAGCUGGUCGAUGCCACACAGAGGAAAACCCACUAGAGCAAGAUCACACAAGCACACUGGCAGAUCAUUAUACAGACACACACAUAUAUGAUGAUGAUGCACAGACACAAAGUAAGGUAACAGCUGAAGCCACACGCGCACAACAGAAGCCUGUUCGAAGAGGCUCAGUGAUUAAAGACGCGUCACAAGUCGCAUAUGGUGAAAAUGAGACGGAUGAUCACAGGCUUGAAGAUGAAGAGAGAGACACAAACAUGGAGCCGGUGGAAAGAGAAAAGAUGCACACAUUAAGCCUCAAAAGGAAAUUGGGAUCAUUAUUUUACUGUGUGAAAAAGAAGUCAUGUGUUGGGGAGAAGAAACAGCCCAACUCAGAAGAUAUGGCCCAAGAGAUGAAUCCUGAGAAACAAGCAAAUCUACCCAAGACACUGUCCUUGGAGAAGACCAAGCGGGGCAGCAGCAGCCGAGUAGAGAAACCAGGUGACACGGCACAGCGAGCCCCCGCCAGCCUCACCUGGACCCACUCACUCCCCUCCACUCAGACGGUGAUGGUAUCUCCUCUGAGUCGAACGGAAGGGUCACGGAGCAGACCACUGCCUUCAGAAGGGAGUGACCGGGACGCUAACGUGCUGAAGCUGGCUGGGUUGGAGAAAGAGGCCCAGAGACUACGGAGCCUUCUAGGUCUGGAAAGCACAAAGACAACUCAAGGCACGAUGACAACUGCUGAUAGCAGCACUGAAUGGCCAAAAGAAGGGCUGGUGACUCCACCAGAAUACACAGCAAGCAGAGAGGUUGGCUGCCAGACGGACGUAGCUGAGGGCUCUACUUCAUCCAGCAGCCCGGCCCAGGCUCCAGGACAUCAGGAGAUGGUCGCCCUCCGGAGUCAGAGAGCUGUGUCUGGAUCGAAGGAGCAGCCCGAGCAGAACAUUUCUAUGAAGGAGAAGACAGAAACUCCGAGCAGGAUGAGAGUCAGUGACAGUGAGGCCCAUGAGGACAACAGAUCUUCACAGGAGAAUUUGCAUGGCAUCCGUAACAACGUGGUGGUGCUUCUCACGGCCCUCCUCCCCCAACUGGACCUGGCUGGCAUCAGCAUGGAGUCCACCGACGUGGACAACAUCCUGCAGCAGAUCAUAGAGGUCAACUCACUGAAACUAUGAUCAGUUCUUCUGUUGGCAGAGAUUGAUAUGUUUUCCCUUUGUUCUUAUGCAAAGUUUGAGUUGGAAUUGAGAGUCUUAGUGCUCAGAGUUGUAACACACACACACACACUGAUUAUGAAGCUUUUGUUGCCUGCACACACAUGUUGCAUUUUCUUUGUCACAUGCAUUAUUUUGAAUAUGUUUCUGGUGCGCUCUUAUUUUAAAAGUUCUCAAUAUGAAGUUCAGAGCAUUGGGAUUGCCUGCAGAAGGAUUCUUGCUGCCCCAUUGCUCUAAAAUCUGAGCAUUUUAAUUUGAAAUACUGUCUUUGUUUUAAGUGUGAUGUAUUGCUAUUUUGUGUUUUGCUUCUGUUUUUUAAUGACUAUUUAAAUUAGUUUUAUACACAUGUUGUCAACAUAAAGUCAUGCUUGUGUCUAGGUUUGUUCAGACAUCCAGCGAUUUGCAUUUGCAUUAAAACACUGAAACCAUU